AUGCCCCUCAUUCUCCCCGUGCCAUUCAACAACUGGAACGCGCUCGGGUGUGACGUCUCGGAGGCUCUGCUCCUAGACACAUCCAAAAAGCUUGUCAACCUUGGCCUUCGCGACCUGGGCUACAACUAUGUCGUCCUUGACGACUGCUGGUCCGGCGGCCGUGGUGAGGAUGGCUUCCAGUACGAGGACCGAACCAAGUUUCCGAGUGGCAUGAAGGCGGUCUCGGACGCCAUCCAUGACAUGGGCAUGCUCUUCGGCAUGUACGGCACCGCUGGUGAGAUGACCUGUGCCCGCUACCCGGGCUCUCUCGACUGGGAAGAGAAUGAUGCCAAGUCCUUCGCAGCCUGGGGCGUCGAUUAUCUGAAAUACGACAAUUGCUAUUCCAUGGGUCGCCACGGGUCCCCCAAGGUCUCCUUCGACCGUUUCGAUACGAUGCGCAAAGCUCUGAAUGCCACCGGCAGGCCGAUGAUCUACUCUCUGUGCAACUGGGGUGAGGACUACGUCUACUCUUGGGGCGUUUCCAUUGCCAACUCGUGGCGUAUGUCAGGCGACAUCUACGACUCGUUUUCUCGGCCCGACGUGCUUUGUAGCUGCGAGGACCCAAGCAAUCCGUUGUGCACAUCGUGGGGCACGCACUGUUCCGUGUUGAACAUUCUCAACAAGGUCGCCGCGUAUGCUGACCGCGCGCAACCUGGCGGCUGGAACGACCUCGAUAUGCUCGAGGUCGGGCAGGGUGGCAUGACGGAUGACGAGUACAAGGCGCACUUCACCAUGUGGGCGCUCGUAAAGAGCCCUCUGCUCAUUGGCACCGACCUGAGGAAGCUCUCUGCCUCAGCGCUGACGAUUCUGAACAACCCGGCCAUCAUCGCAGUGAGCCAGGACCCAGCGGCGAGGUCAGCUCUGCGCGUGGCCAUUGACUACGACGUCAAGAAGGACAAGUACGGCGUCGGCGAGACGCAGGUCUGGAGUGGGUGGUUGGCAAACGGCGACCAGGUCGUUGCGUUCUUGAACGCGGCGGACGAGGACCGUAAAAUGAAGAUCGAUCUUGAGGAGGUCUUCGUUAGGGAUGGUCCGGGGGGCUCGGCAGAACAGGUUCAGCAUGAGUGGCAGAUCUACGAUCUCUGGGCUAACCGCAUGUCCGAUGACGUUGCGGAGGGUCUUCUCGACGCCAGUGAGAAGAAGGAUGGAGACAAGGCGGCGAAGCUGUUCGACAAAACCAAGUGGUAUAAUUCGACUGAGCUGCCGUACAAGGAGGGUCUGCUCAAGGACGAUGAGCGGCUCUUCGGCAAGCAUGUUGGUUCAGUCAAGGCAAGGGGCGUCAUUGAGGCCAAGGUGCCGAGGCAUGGUGUUGUUGCCUAUAGAUUGAGGACCAAGGCUCCAGGGUUGAAGAGGUACUCCAUGACCAAGGAGGAGCUGUAG